AUGAAGACCACAGUUCUGUUGAGUUUUUUCAGCCUCAUUUGGUUUGCUGACGGAAUCAAAAUCGAUUGCGAAAACACGGAGGCAAUCAAUGAAGAGCACAUCCAUUAUUGCUGCAAACAUCCCGAUGGACACAACGAUAUAAUAGAGAGCUGUGCCAAGGAACACAACUUCAUGGUGCCGAAUCAAAACGAGGAGGCAUUGGUAGACAUCACAGCGGAUCGGGCAAUCCGAGGCACUUGUUUCGGCAAAUGUGUCUUCAGCAAACUGAAUCUCAUGAAGGACAACGCCUUGGACAUGGAAGCUGUGAGGAAAUAUUUCACUGCAAAGUUCCCCGACGAUCCGGAAUAUGCCAAGGAAAUGGUCAACGCCUUCGAUCACUGUCACGGCAAGAGUGAGGAGAAUACCGUCAUGUUCCUGUCGAAGCCCCUCUUCAAGCAGAUGUCCGACCAGAUGUGCGAGCCCAAGUCCAGCGUCGUUCUGGCCUGUGUGAUCCGUCAGUUCUUCCACAACUGCCCGGCGGAUCGAUGGUCCAAGACCAAGGAGUGCGAGGACACCUUGGCCUUCAGCAAGAAGUGCCAGAACUCGCUGGCUACUCUGUAAAAAUGUUCUAUAAGGGAUUUUGCCAAUAAAGAUCAUACAAUUUAAA